AUGACUACUCUUCGGGUGCUGCUGCACAUAGCCGCUCAGCGCGACUACGAGCUUCACUCUCUUGACUUCAGCAUGGCUUUCUUGCAAGGCAGCCUGGACGAGGAGAUCUGGCUGCGCCGCCCACCUGGCUUCACUGGGACUUUUCCUCCUGGCACCCAGUGGAGCCUCCGGCGGCCAGUCUACGGUCUCCGCCAGGCGCCCCGUGAAUGGCACGACACACUGAGGACUACACUUGCGGCUCUUGGGUUUGCUCCUUCUACUGCCGACCCGUCGUUGUUUCUGCGCACCGACACUUCUCUGCCGCCGUUCUACAUCCUCGUGUACGUCGACGACUUGGUCUUUGCCACAGCUGACACUGCUAGACUCACCCACGUGAAGUCCGAGCUGCAGAAGAGACACACGUGCACAGACCUGGGUGAACUGCGCAGCUACCUUGGCUUGCAGAUCACUCGGGACAGAGCACGCCGCACCAUUACCCUGACUCAGUCACACAUGGUGCAGCAGGUCCUUCAGCGCUUCGGCUUCACGUACUCCUCGCCUCAGGCCACUCCUCUGCCUACUCGCCACUCGCUCUCAGCUCUGCCUUCGAACGAGUCCGUAGAGUCGAGUGGCCCGUACCCAGAGCUUACCGGAGCACAUGGCCGCAGCGAAGAGGGUGUUGCGCUACUUGUGCAGUACGUCGGGCAUGGGGCUUGUGCUUGGAGGGCGGAGUCCAGUGGUCCUCACUGGGCACGCAGACGCUUCUUGGGCUGA